UCUCCAAUCUCAGCCUCCCUCAGUCUUCACCCACCGAUGUCAAUUCUCUCUCCAACAAAAAGAGAACAAUUUUUAUGCUCCCUUUCCUAAAGGGCACGACGAAAAGAGAGGAAGGGAGAAAACGAGAGCCCAGUUGCUUGUUUCCUUUUGGACCGGUGAAGUGGAUCAUUUUGUACUGCGAGGAGACUCGUCGUACGGCUGCAGUACACACAAGAAAUUUCAACGGCACUAGUUUUGUUUUUCCUAUAAAGGGGAGUCCGUCUGGAGAUUGGGGGCUGGGGAUGAAUGAUUUUAAGAUUUUGAGAAAGAGCAGCCAACAAGUGUUGAUGAUCUCUGUGAAGUUUUGAGCUUUCCAAGUGUCCGAGGAAGACACGGGUGAGAUUUUUAGCUCUUCUCUUGCAAAUUUUUCAGAAAGAGUGGCCUCAAAAGUCAAAAGUGUAUAACGAACUCACAAAGAAGGGAUUUCUUGUCGAAGGAAGGGGGAGAUAAAAAGGAACAAGGCGCGCAAGGUUUUAAGCAGUCAAUUCGAGCUUCCCUACAUGGAAGAGUCAAAGGAGAUGCCGGAAAUCGAGAAGAGCCAGGACUUGGAAGAGCCCAUGGAAGCAGAGGCUGGGGAACUCAAGAGGGUUCCUCCAUGGUCGACGCAAAUAACGCUCCGUGGGCUCGUGGCGAGCUUGGCCAUUGGAGUCAUGUACAGUGUGAUCGUGAUGAAGCUAAACUUGACCACGGGACUCGUCCCCACCCUCAAUGUCUCGGCUGCUCUUCUUGCCUUUGUCUUUCUCCGGACUUGGACGAGGCUGCUCCACAAGAUUGGCGUCGUGACCGCUCCCUUCACCCGGCAAGAGAACACAGUUGUGCAGACCUGUGCCGUCGCUUGCUAUAGCAUUGCUGUUGGAGGUGGAUUUGGAUCUUAUCUUCUGGGUCUUAACAAGAGGACUUAUGAGCAGGCAGGGGUGGACACAGAAGGGAAUGCACCAGGCAGCUAUAAGGAGCCUGGAAUUGGGUGGAUGACGGGAUUUCUGUUUACUGUCAGUUUCGCCGGGCUUCUAGUCCUGGUUCCUUUCAGAAAGAUCAUGAUAAUUGACUAUAAAUUAACAUAUCCAAGUGGAACUGCUACUGCUGUUCUCAUCAAUGGAUUUCAUACACCUCAUGGAGAUAAAAUGGCGAAGAAGCAAGUUCAUGGAUUUGUGAAAUAUUUCAGUAUAAGUUUUGUCUGGAGUUUCUUCCAGUGGUUUUACUCAGGAGGAGAUCAGUGUGGAUUUUCGCAGUUCCCUACUUUUGGGCUGAAAGCCUGGAAACAGACAUUUUUUUUUGAUUUUAGCCUGACAUAUGUCGGGGCUGGAAUGAUUUGUUCUCAUCUCGUGAAUCUUUCUCUCCUUCUCGGAGCAGUGCUUUCAUGGGGAGUGAUGUGGCCGCUGAUAGGCGAACUUAAAGGAGAUUGGUACUCUGCAAAUUUACCAGAAAGUAGUAUGAGAAGCUUGCAAGGUUAUAAGGUAUUCAUAUCCAUUGCUCUUAUCUUAGGGGAUGGCAUCUAUAAUAUCUCAAAGAUUUUUGCUUUCACUGCAAGAAACUUGCAUGCUAGCUCAAGCAACAAGAAACUCAGAAUAGUGGGGGAUCAUGGCACUCAACUCCUCGACAAUCUCCAGCGUAAUGAAGUAUUCACAAGGGAGAGCAUUCCUUUGUGGCUGGCCUGUUCUGGCUAUGCUGUUUUCGCUGUGAUCUCUAUCAUUGCUGUCCCCUUGAUGUUCCCACAGGUGAAAUGGUACUAUGUCAUCAUAGCUUACAUGCUCGCCCCAGCUCUGGGUUUCUGCAAUGCUUAUGGUGCUGGCCUCACAGAUAUGAACAUGGCCUAUAACUAUGGAAAAGUGGCUCUCUUUAUUCUUGCAGCUUGGGCAGGGAAGGACAAUGGUGUGGUGGCAGGCCUUGUAGCCUGCGGGCUAAUCAAAUCUGUGGUCUCUAUUGCUGCUGAUCUAAUGCAUGACUUUAAGACAGGCCAUCUCACAUUAACAUCACCAAGGUCAAUGCUUCUUAGCCAGGCUAUUGGAACAGCCAUGGGCUGUGUUGUUGCCCCACUGACUUUCUUCCUCUUCUACAAAGCCUUCGAUGUGGGGAAUCCAGAAGGAAUCUGGAAGGCUCCUUAUGCUUUGAUCUACCGGAACAUGGCGAUUUUGGGUGUCGAGGGCUUCUCGGCACUUCCCGAACAUUGCUUGCAGCUUUGUUAUGGUUUCUUUGGCUUUGCAGUGGUGGCCAAUGUGAUGAGAGACAUCCUCCCAGCUAAGUACGGAAGGUGGGUCCCUCUGCCGAUGGCCAUGGCUGUGCCAUUUCUAGUCGGAGCCAACUUUGCCAUUGAUAUGUGUGUUGGAAGCUUGAUAGUGUUUGCAUGGCACAAGCUUAAUAGCGACAAAGCUCCUCUAAUGGUGCCGGCAGUUGCCUCUGGUUUGAUUUGCGGGGAUGGGCUGUGGAUCCUCCCUUCUUCCUUGCUAGCUCUGGCGAGGGUCAACCCUCCCAUCUGCAUGAAGUUCAUCACUACUUAGUAGAUAGCUGUCCGAUCCAACUGUUGGGAUCGAGUUAUAUGUCUCUAAUGAGAAGAGAGAUACCAUAAUAAAGUACUCUCAUCGAAGGACUCCAACUGCAGAAGAGGGAGAAUAUAACAAGCGAGCAGCUGCAACUAGUGCGAUCAUGCACAUAUUUCACAUAAUUUGGUGUAUGAAGGAACAAAGAAGAACUUGUUUGGUUUCAGACAUUUGCCUUGUCGCAUAUAGUAUCUAUGAUGAAGGUCUUCAGAUAGCAUGGUGAUGUUAUACUUUAGAUGGAGGUUAACAGCUCAAGGUACCUUUCCAUGUGUGGAUUGGUUGUGCCUCUCAAAGCAACAUCUUUUAUAAAACAGGACAAUAGAAAGAAUGUUAUCUGAAUCUUCUCUCAUAUUUAGAUGCUAUUAUUAGUUGAUAGAAUUAUUGAAGAUGUAUGAGCAGUGCGGUUUUUUCCUUUUUCUUCCCCCCCUUUUUUUAGGAAAAAUGCCAUGCAUUUUCUUGAA